GGCCGCCGGUCGACCGGCACGAGACCGCCUGCCAGGCGGAGAUCGCGUCGCCGCGCGAAACGCAGCAGGCGGCCGAGCUGGCGCGCCUGCAGACCGAGGCGCAGCGCGCCCGCCAGGCGCUGGACCAGCUGCAGCAGUUGCAGAUGGAGCUGGCCGCUGCGCGCCGCCAACUGGAGGAGGAGCGCGCCGACAAGCUGGAGGUGCAGGAGGAGCUGGGCCGCACCACCGUGCGCGUGCAGGAGAUGAUGUCGCGCAUGGAGGGCGUGGAGCUGGAACUGCAGCAGCACCAGGACAGCCUGCUGCGCGCCGAGCAGCGCGCUCAGGGCGCCGACGCCGCCGCCGAACAGCUGCAGCACCAGCUCGACCGCUCCGAGGCCACCGCCCGCCGGCUGUCAGAGGAUCUGGAGAAGUCUGUGGCGGCGCAGAAGACGCUCCUGCAGCAGGUACAGGAAACCGAGGCCGAGUCCUUCGAACUGCACGAGUUCAUGCAACUGGAGAAAAACGCACUGGUUGAUGCACUCAGGGAGGCGGAGAAUGAGGUGGCCGGCCUGCGGACGGCAGCCGCCGCCGGCGAGGACGCGCUCCGAGAGAAGGACGAACGCUGCUGCCAGCUGACCCGACUGGCCGAACAGCGAGCGGAAGAGAUGCUGACCCUGAAGGCGGAGCUGCGGCACGUGCAGAGCCGCACCAAGGAGCUGCUGCUGUGCCAGGGGGCGGGCGUGAGCGGCGCGUCGGUGGCGCUCAGCGAGCUGGCCGCCCGGACGGCCGGCUCCAACAGCGACUCGGAGGCCGAGCUGCGCGAGCGGCUGGCGCAGCUGGAGGCGGAGAACGUCGAGCUGCGCAGACAACAGUCGCACACCGCCGACAACGAGACCGCGAGCUUGCGACAGGAGCUGCAGAAGAAGGAUCGCCAGCUGGAGGAGCUCAAGCAGAAGUACACUAAGCACAAGCAGAUACUCACAGAGAACGUGCAGAAGGCCGAGUCGGAGAUACAAACCCUGGACGAGAUUAUUGACUACGUCAUCGUCUCGCUGGGCGCCGUGCCGGAGCUGGUGCAGAAGGAGUCGGUGCUGUGGAAGCUCUGGCUGGACCUGGACGGGCCCAACAAGACCAUCACCAAGACCAAGCUGAACGGCACGUCUGCGGUCAGUGAUCUCAACGCCAACGCGGACAUCGUCAAGGUGUAG